CUUUGAAGUUUGAGUUUGACACGAAAAGAAGACAGUUGGAUAUCCUUCUUUUCAACGUUGACAAAAAGAAAUGCACCGUUUUAGUAAGACAUUGCGCAGGUUGGCAAAGUAUGGCAUUGUCAUAGGAGGUGGAACAUGUAUCCUGGCUUGGGCUUCAAUGUCAAGUCCUCAGGUGCCAAAUGUACUAGCUGCAGAGGAUCAGAUGAAGUAUGCGUGGUCCCCUCUCCCUACUCGCCAGAACAUGAUUGACUCGUUGAAAACGGAGGAGUUUGAUGUUUUAGUUAUUGGAGGGGGAGCAACAGGGUGUGGAGUGGCCUUAGAUGCUGUCAGCAGAGGUCUGAAGACAGCUUUAGUAGAAAAGUUUGACUUUUCCUCUGGAACCAGCAGCCGAAGCACCAAGUUGAUACAUGGAGGGGUCCGUUAUCUACAAAAGGCUGUUUUUGGAUUGGAUAUAGAACAGUAUCGAAUGGUCAAAGAGGCACUUUCAGAAAGAGCAAAUUUGAUCCAGAUUGCCCCUCAUCUAGCAUAUCCGUUUCCUAUUAUGCUACCCAUUUACAAAUACUGGCAGGUCCCCUACUUCUGGGCAGGAAUUAAGAUGUAUGAUGUGAUAGCUGGAAAGCAACUCCUCAAACCAAGUUAUUAUUUAUCUAAACGUAAAACACUGGAAAUAUUUCCCAUGCUGAAGCAGGAAAAGCUGGUGGGGGCAUUGGUUUACUAUGAUGGACAACAUGAUGAUGCCAGGAUGAACAUUUCCAUUGCUAUUAGUGCUGCACGUAUGGGAGGUACCAUAACAAAUUACACAGAGAUCUUAAAACUUUAUAAAAAGACUGAUGAGAAUGGGAAAGAAGUCAUCUGUGGAGCCAGAAUCAAGGACAGACAAACCGAUCAAGAAUUUGAUGUAAAGGCAAAAUGCAUAAUCAAUGCUGCUGGUCCAUACACUGACAGAAUUAGACUAAUGGAUGACAGCAGUCAGAGGAAGAUCUGCCAGCCGAGUCAGGGUGUACACAUAGUGCUACCUGACUACUACAGUCCAGACAAGAUGGGACUAUUAGACCCUUCCACUAGUGAUGGUAGAGUGAUUUUCUUCUUGCCAUGGCAGAAUCACACUUUAGCAGGAACUACUGAUUCCUCCUGUGAGCUCACAGAUUACCCAGCUCCAACAGAGAAAGAAAUUCAGUUCAUCCUGAACGAGGUCAAGAAUUAUCUUCACCCUGAUGUGGAGGUUCGUCGUGGCGAUGUGUUGUCAGCCUGGUGUGGUAUCCGUCCCUUGGUGUCAGAUCCAAACAAGAAAGACACUCAAUCUGUAGCCAGAAACCACAUUAUUGAAGUGGCAGAGGACCAUCUCAUCACUAUAGCAGGAGGAAAAUGGACAACCUAUCGACACAUGGCAGAGGAAACAUUAGACAAAGCUGUGGAGGUCUGCUCAUUGAAGCAUGCCAAGCCCUGCCAGACCAAAGGGUUAUUACUGGACGGUGCACAUGGCUGGACACCAACACUAUUUAUCAGACUUGUACAGGACUUUGGCCUGGAAAAUGAGGUUGCUCAACAUUUGGCCAAUACGUAUGGAGAUAAGGCCUUUAAGAUUGCAAAAAUGUCAUCAUUAACUGGGAAGAGAUGGCCAGUGGUUGGGAAGAGACUUCAUGAAGAGUUCCCUUAUUUAGAGGCAGAGGUGAGAUAUGCUGUUAGGGAGUAUGCCUGCACUGCAAUAGAUAUCAUCGCCCGCAGGACCCGGCUUGCCUUCUGUAAUGCAAAUGCCGCAGAAGAAGCCUUGCCCAAGAUAGUGGAGAUCAUGGCCGAGGAACUGAAAUGGAGUAAAUCAAGACAACAGGAUGAGUUGACCAGAGCGAAGACUUUCCUUAGGAGGGAGAUGGGACUAGAUCUUGGUAGUGGAACUUAUAAUGUUCCUAUCAACUUCAAUAAGGAUGAGAUCAACAUGUAUGUCAAGCGAUUCAAGAGUCUGGACAGAGACAAUAAAGGAUAUAUAACUGUGAACGAUUUGCGACGUUAUUUCAAGCAAACUGGAGAGAGAGUCACAGAGGAUCAGUUACAUGAUAUUCUGAGUGAAGUUGAUCUCAAUCGCAAUGCCCAGGUAGACAUUGGAGAGUUUUUACAGUUAGUUUACUGUGCUCACAUAGCAGCUGAGAUAAAUAGUCAAGAUGAAUAUGAUCAAGACCUCCACAGAAAACAUCAAAGGCUGAUGAGUGCAUUGAAAAGUGGAGCAGUUUCCAAUUCACGAUUUGCUAAGGCUGCUGAAAUGUCAGCAGAGAAAAUUCCAGUAGAUAGGAGUGGAGGAGGGGUAUAGUCAAUCCUGAGGAAAAAGAUUAAUUCUCUUAUUUCAUUUUAUUGUAGAUUAAUUCUCUUAUUUCAUUUUAUUGUAGAAUACAGUGUAGGAUUAGUUUUCUUAUUUUAUUAUAUAGAAUACAAUGUACGUGUUACUUUAUAUACUGAAUUUUGUGUUUUACACCUGUUGACACCUGAUAGAAAUCCUACUCACUCAUUACCGGUUUGUUAGAUACCAUAUAGAUCCACAGAUACAUAUAUAAGCUGAAUAUUUAAUAUGACGGAGAGAUUUUUAUGGUUAUAAGUAGAGUAUAGGUAUAUCAGAAUUAAUACUUAAAUAGUUGUUAAGUAUUGUGUACAAAUGUUUUUGCAUAAUUUCCAUGGACAUGUAUUUUUUAUUUUUAUAAUCUGUGAUCUUGUAAGCUAAUCUAGGAUGUACUAAAACAAGGAUUUUUAAAUAUGAUAUUUUGAUAUUUACUAGAUUCUGAAGUACACUUAUGUCUCAGUACCUUUAAUUGUCUUAUUAUAUUGUAUGUGUAAAUUAUUUGCAAAAGUUUAUUGAAUAUUUUGUUGCUUAGGGACCUGUUUUCAGAGUUGUUCAUUUUUAAUUUUUGUGGCAUAUAUAUUUUUCUAAUUAGGCCUCAUGAUUUAAUAGAUAAUUAAUAACAAUUAAUUCCAUAGAGAAGUGAACUUAGUGUUUACUUUUUAUGUCAGAUUUAUUUUAUCUGUGCCAUUAUUAUUUAAUUAUGUAUAUGGAUGAAAUAUGUAUUUGCAUAAGCUUCAUUAUAAGCAUACCUUUAUUGCUGUUAAAUGUGCUAAUUAAUAUAUGGAUGUAUCUCGAUCCGAAGAAUGAACAAAUACCAUACUUAACUGUUACCUUUAAUUGGUUAUAAAACCUUUCAAUUACUUGCAAUAAGGAAUUUUCAAAUAUUGGAUAAAGUGAACACACCAUUGAUUUCAAUAUUUAAAUUUCUUGGACACAGGCUAGAGGAGACCAGGGUAAAGUGUCCCUUUGUUCUAUAAACCAUUUUUCAAAGUGCAACACAAUUUUGGUCUGAUAGUAAUAAAAUGUGGUUCUAAUGUAGACUAAAUUAAGAUACAGUGUACAUGUACAUCAUUCUCAAUGUGUAUUUUAAUGUUGAUGAAUAGUUUUACUGCUGGUAUUAAACACCCAAUAGGUAAUUAAAGAUGACAAAACUCACCUCAACAAAUGUAAACUCUGAAGCAAUGUCUUAUAUCAAAUGAAUGUUCAAAAAGUAAUAGAAGUUUAUCAUGGAAAGAUUUAGACCUUAAUAAAAAGGUAAAUA